AUGGAUCAGCGGUAUAAUUCAUUGCUGCCAAGAGAACAAUGGUCCUCUUCUACCGAUUUUAUAAUGUCCUGUAUCGGAUAUGCCAUUGGUCUCGGUAAUGUCUGGCGAUUUCCAUAUUUAUGCUAUCAAAAUGGUGGUGGAGCAUUUCUAAUACCAUAUGUGAUUUCUCUUAUAUUUUGUGGUGCACCCCUUUUCAUAUUGGAGACAACAUGGGGACAGCUAUUGAGUAUUGGUGGACUCGGAAUGUUUAAAAUUUGUCCAAUUUUCAAAGGUGUUGGAAUAGCCGCUGCAGUGAUGGCAUUUUGGCUCAACAUUUAUUACAUUGUAGUUCUAAGUUGGGCAAUGUGCUAUCUAUGGGAAUCAAUUCGAUUGGAUUCAAAUGUUCCAUGGCGAAAUUGUGAUCAUCAGUGGAACACUCCUCGAUGUCGCAGUGAAUACGAACCACUAACUUGUGAUAAUAACAGAACAAUUGCGAAGUAUUUCAAUGUGCAGAUAUUAACAAAUGAUCAUUUGAAUGAAUACCGUAAACAAUUCUUCGUUGGUUCAAAAUCAAAUUGGACUAUUUGUGGUGGAGAUGAUUUGAAUGUACAAUCACCUGUCAAAGAAUUUUGGAACUAUCAAGUGCUUGGUAUCAGUUCGGGAAUCGAGGAACCAGGAGGAUUACGUUGGGAUCUUGCAUUCUUUUUAUUAAUCGCUUGGACAAUAUGCUAUCUGUGCAUCUUCAAGGGUGUUCGAUGGACCGGAAAAAUUGUUUAUCUCACUGCAUCAUUUCCAUAUAUAAUGCUUAUUUGUUUGUUGAUACGUGGAUUAACAUUGCCAGGAGCAAGUUUGGGUCUCGAAUUCUAUUUGAAACCAAAUUUUGAGAAGCUUUUUGAGAGUAAAGUAUGGGUGGAUGCAGUAACACAAGUUUUCUUCUCGUAUGGCCUUGGCCUAGGCGCUCUUGUUGCACUUGGUAGUUACAAUUCGUAUCAUAAUAACAUCUACAGGCAAGCAUUGACAAUAUGCUUUGUAAAUAGUGCUACAAGCGUUUUUGCUGGUUUCGUUAUCUUUUCAUUCAUUGGCUUUAUGGCUGUUGAACAAGGCAAACCUGUUGAUGAGGUAGCACAGUCUGGUCCAGGUCUCCUUUUUCUGGCUUAUCCAUCCGGAAUCUUGCAGCUACCAUAUACAAAUGUUUGGUCCAUCCUGUUCUUUACAAUGGUUUUAUUCUUGGGCAUUGAUUCACAAUUUUGUACUAUGGAAGGCUUUUUCACGGCAGUGAUUGAUGAGUUUCCGCAUCUGAUACAUGGCAAGAAGUAUGGCCGUGAAUUUUUCGUACUCGGAAUUUGCAUUAUAAGCUACUUAUGUGGCUUAAGUACUGUUACAAAAGGCGGUUUUUAUGUAUUUCAGUUGUUUGAUUUUUAUGCAGCAUCCGGUUGGGCGCUUCUAUGGCUUCUAUUCUUCGAAUGUAUUGCCAUUUCUUGGUCUGUUGGUAUCGAUCAGUGGUAUGAAUAUAUCAGAUCAAUGGUAGGUUAUUAUCCGAGUCGAUGGUGGAAAUUUUGUUGGGUUUUUGCAACUCCCGUUGUGUGUAUGAGUGUAAUGCUUUUUGGAUUAGCAAAAUAUGAACCACUGCGAAUAGAUGCAUACAAUUAUGAUUACCCAUUAUGGGGUCAUAUAUUUGGAUGGUUUCUUUCCCUUUCAUCCAUGCUUUGCAUUCCAGUUUACGGCAUCUAUUUAUGGACUAUAACCGAUGGAACUACUUCACAAAGAGUUAAAAAGCUAUUUCGGCCAAAAAUACAAAUUGAAUUAGAUGGUAAUGUUGGACAAGAACUAACGGAGCGUGAAGAGUAA